CUUCUUCGUUGAUCUGCUCCGACUCGUUUUGAAUGAUCACCGAGCUCCGGCGCCUCUUUCUCUCUCUUCAAUGUCGUCCGGCUCACCGAAUUGAACUCGCGGCGGCCUAGAUUUGUACUCCACCGCAGCGCUUUUUGAAUUCGGGGAAGACCACUCCGAGUCGUCAUUGCUAGGGUUUUCAGCAAAAUGAGGUCGUCCUUUGAUAGGCUUCGGAGAUUUGAACUGCACAAGAGCGGUUCUAAAGAUCAGAGGAACUUUCAACCCUCGGCUCAUGUUGAUGAGCUCGCUCAGGCUGCUCAGGACAUGCAAGGUAUGAGAAAUUGCUAUGAUAGCUUACUUUCUGCAGCUGCUGCUACAGCCAACAGCGCCUAUGAAUUCUCUGAAUCACUGCGGGAAAUGGGUUCUUGUCUGCAGGAGAAAACUGUAUUACAUGAUGAUGAACAUGGCGGUAGAGUUUUUCUGAUGUUGGGGAACGUGCAGUUUGAACUUCAAAAACUUGUUGAUUCCUAUCGCUCCCAUAUAGUUUCGACGGUCACAAACCCAUCAGAGUCUCUUCUCAAUGAACUUCGAACAGUUGAGGAAAUGAAGCGACAAUGCGAUGAAAAAAGGGAGGUAUAUGAAUACAUGGUAGCACAACAGAAAGAAAAAGGGAGAUCAAAACGUGGGAAGGGUGAGAGCUUUACUUUGCAGCAACUUCAAGCAGCUCGUGAUCAGUAUGAUGAGGAUGCUACACUGUGUGUUUUCCGGCUGAAGUCCCUGAAGCAAGGGCAAGCCCGAAGUCUUCUAACACAAGCAGCUCGCCACCAUGCUGCUCAGUUGAACUUCUUCCGGAAAGGCCUUAAGUCGCUUGAGGCUGUUGAGCCACAUGUUAGGUUGGUUACGGAGGAGCAACAUAUUGAAUACCAAUUUAGUGGACUUGAAGAUGAUGGCGCAGAUCAUGGUGAGAAUAGCUACGAUUCUAUUGAAAAUGGAGAAUUGAGUUUUGACUAUAGAUCAAGUAAACAGGGAAUGGAAGUCUCUGCAUCAAGGAGUUCAAUGGAGGUUGAUGAAGUGGGCCAUAUGUCUCCUGAAGCUCCGAGAGUGGAAUAUUCAGAUAUUAGUCUUGAUCAAGGUGAUCUCAACUUUCAAAAAGGUGAUCUCAAGUUUCCGAUCAGGGAACCAAGAAGAGCCGGCAGCUACUCAGCCCCAAUACCAUCUGCAGAGCCGAAGUUUGAUCCUGCUGAGAGAGCUAGACAAUUGCAACUGUCAGCUUCACGGAGACCUCAUACAUAUGUGCUUCCUACACCUGAUUCAAAGGGUUUAAUUUCUUCAAGGACAAGUACUACGGUUCCAGGCGGGAGGUCAGGUGGACGCAUCCCCAACUUAUCGCACUCUUCCCCAUUAGACGCUAAGCGUGAUAAGUAUUCUGGUGAUGAUAAUCAGACAGGAGCUAAUUUCUCAAAAGCUCAGUUGGUAGUCAAAGAGAGUCAUAGUACUACUAAUACAUCGAUGCAAUUGCCUCCUCCCCCUCUGGCAGACGGACUGGCACUGCAUCAGCAUAAAAGACAAGCUUUCUCUGGCCCACUAACUAGUAAGCCAUCAUCAACUAAGCCUGCAUUCUCUGCUAGUGGUCCCAUUGCAUCAAGUGAACCACCUCAACUAGUUUCUGGAAUGCUCCCUCGUUUACCAAAUCCUCCGGCUUCUUCAUCUCCGAAAAUAUCUCCAACUGCUUCACCUCCCCUUGCCUCUUCACCCAAGAUAAGUGAGCUUCACGAACUUCCUAGACCCCCAGGUAGAUCAGUUGUCAAGCCAACAAACUCUUCUGGAUUGGUAGGCCACUCUGCUCCACUGGUCUUCAGAAAUCAAGAACCUCAGGCCCAUAAUAAAAUCCCUUCAGUGCCAACGAAUUUGGCAUCUCCACUUCCAAUUCCACCAUUGAUUAUUCCUAGAAGCUUCUCCAUACCUUCGAGUAACCAAAGAGCAGUGACGUUGCAUGUAUCGAGGCAUGUGGAGUCUCCUCUAGGUUCAAGCAAACCGGAAGAAGUUGCUUCACCUCCAUUGACGCCAAUUUCCCUAACAAACAUGUAACAAAUAUCAACCGAGUCUGAAGUGACCUUUUCACUCCAAUCCUAUCAGAGUUUCUGCUUCAAGCACAAGAUGGGAAAAGUGGAAUCUUCUUGCUCACAUAUAUGCUUCCCUAAAUUGAAGUUGUGGAUUUUGUGUUCAUAUUAAUCGCCAUGGAGGCUGUUACAUCAUCUUCUUCGCCAUCAGAGCCAAAUUAUUAGUUCCUUUUAUUAUCUUCUUGGAGCCGGACCAGAUAUUGAAGACCUCUUCAGUGGAUGCAGUCGGGAGCUGAUAUCAAAACAGUGAAGCAGUGUUCUUCCCAUUAGAUUGUGUUGGGUUGAUUGCAUUGUCUUGUCAGACACAGAUGGGUCUGUAAAUAGAUUUAAUGUAAUGGAAAUUUCUUGUUAGUUUGGUUAUUGUUGCCUGGGUUCAUAUCUAAAAUCAAUUGGCAAUGAAUAGAGUGGCUUAAAUCCUUAUAAACCCACCAUACAUGCAAUGUUUCGUAUUCCCGACGUGGGAUUUAUAUCUCAACAAUUGUUUAAAUGUAUUGGUUUAGUUUCUCAUCUCAGCCGUUUGAUUGUUGAUUGUGAUGAGGUCUGAACUCUACCAAGUGGUAUUGUAAAUAGCUUCAAAUGA